AUGGCCGACGGUUUGAAGAUGGGAAACCUUUCCCUUAAUGAAUCCCAGCAUGCGCCUGCUGCCCCUCAGCAAGGACGUGCUGCCUACAUUCCCCCUCACCUUCGUCAACGCAAUGUCGCUCCCAACAUGGACGGCGCUGCCCCUCCCCCCGCUGGAGGCCCUGGCGCCUGGAAUUCUUACAGAGCCCCCCGUGGUGGCAACUGGGCCAAUGCCAACGCUCCCGAUUUCAGCCCCCGCCCCAAUGGUAACCCUACCUGGAGCUCCCAUGAAGGUCAACGCCGGCCCUUUAAUCCCAAUGCUUACGGAAACCCAGGAAACACCGGAGGCUCCGGAGGCUCCUACAGCGGAGGUGGCCAAGCCAGAGGUUCUGGAGAUGGCCAGUGGCGCGACGGCAAGCACAUUCCCGGUCCCGUCAAUGCCCGUGUCGAACGUGAACUUUUCGGUCUCCCCAACGACCCCUCCAAGCAGAACACUGGUAUCAACUUUUCCAACUACGACGAUAUCCCCGUGGAAGCUUCCGGUCACAACGUUCCCGAGGCCGUCAAUGCCUUUACCAACCCCCCGCUGGAUGACCACCUGAUCACCAACAUCAAGCUCGCCGGAUAUGCCGUCCCCACCCCCGUCCAGAAGUACUCCAUCCCCAUUGUCAUGAACGGUCGUGACCUGAUGGCAUGUGCCCAAACCGGUUCCGGAAAGACUGGUGGUUUCUUGUUCCCUAUUCUCUCCCAGGCUUACCAGAACGGACCCUCUGCUACCCCCGUCCAGGCUUCCGGUUCUUUCAGCUACGGUCGCCAGCGCAAGGCCUACCCUACCUCCCUCAUCCUGGCCCCUACUCGUGAGCUUGUCUCUCAGAUCUACGAAGAAGCCCGCAAGUUCGCUUACCGCUCUUGGGUUCGCCCCUGCGUUGUGUACGGUGGUGCCGACAUUGGUUCUCAGCUGCGUCAGAUCGAGCGUGGCUGCGAUCUGUUGGUUGCUACUCCCGGUCGUCUCGUCGACCUUCUCGAGCGUGGCCGUAUCUCUCUCGCCAACAUCAAGUACCUGAUUCUGGAUGAGGCUGAUCGCAUGUUGGACAUGGGUUUCGAGCCCCAGAUUCGCCGCAUUGUGGAGGGUGAGGACAUGCCCCACGUCAACGACCGCCAAACCCUCAUGUUUUCGGCCACUUUCCCCCGUGACAUUCAGAUGCUCGCCCGCGACUUCUUGAAGGACUACGUUUUCCUGUCGGUUGGUCGUGUUGGUUCCACCUCCGAGAACAUCACCCAGAAGGUUGAGUACGUUGAGGACCACGACAAGCGUUCCGUUCUGCUCGAUAUCCUCCACACCCACGGUACCACCGGUCUCACUCUGAUCUUCGUUGAGACUAAGCGCAUGGCCGACUCCCUGUCGGACUUCCUCAUCAACCAGCGCUUCCCUGCCACCGCUAUUCACGGUGACCGUACCCAGCGUGAGCGUGAGCGCGCUCUGGAGAUGUUCCGUUCCGCCCGCUGUCCUAUUCUGGUUGCUACCGCUGUUGCUGCUCGUGGUCUCGAUAUUCCUAACGUCACCCACGUCAUCAACUACGAUCUUCCCACCGACAUUGACGACUACGUUCACCGUAUCGGUCGUACUGGCCGUGCUGGUAACACUGGUAUUGCCACUGCUUUCUUCAACCGUGGCAACCGUGGUGUCGUCCGCGACCUGAUCGAUCUUCUGAAGGAGGCUCACCAGGAGGUUCCCUCUUUCUUGGAGAGCAUUGCUCGUGAAGGCAGCGGAUACGGUGGCCGUGGUGGCCGUGGUGGUGGUCGCGGCCGUGGUGCUGCUGCUACCCGUGAUGUGCGUCGCAUGGGCGGUGGUAUGGGCAGUGGCCCUGGCUUUGGCGGCAGCGGCAGCUACGGUGGUGGUCCCGGCUUUGGUGGUGGCAGUAGCUACGGUGCUCCCCCGUCCUACGGUGGUGGUGGCGGCUACGGCGGCGGCUACGGCGGCGGCGGUGGUUACGGAAACCCCUCUGGCCCCACUGGACCCUCUUCCUGGUGGUAG